AUGUUGGCUUCUGAGAAGGAGUCAACUCUCUUCAAGGAUCAUUCACAGCCGAUCAGGCGGAAGGGGGCCGUACCAGCAGAGGUAUACGGCUUUGUCGGGUCCAUUGCUUCAAUUGUCGCUUAUGCGCUAUUUAUCCUGUGGGCUUACAUUCCUGAACAGUAUCUCCACGCGGCAGGAGUGACCUACUACCCCAGCAAGUAUUGGGCAAUCGCUCUGCCCGCUUAUGCAAUCGUGACCGUCUUCCUGGCCGUCCUCGUAUACACGGCCCUCUGCAUGAUGUCUACGAAGCCCCUUGACUCGCCUUACACGAUCAAAGACGAGUACUCUCGGUCCCGGCUGCCCCCGCAAAACUCAGACGACUGUACGGAAGAGCCCAUUCCUCCAGUCUCGGAUAUGGACAUAACGGAAGUCAACAUGUGGCUGUACAAAGGCCAGGCAUUAGAGUAG